CUUUUUUCACCUCUCUGUUUUUCUUCUCUGUCUAUAUAUUAAUUUUUUACCGUACUUAGAUAUCUNUUCUAUUCUACUACCAAAGCCCCAAAAGUAAACCCCCAAAGAAGGGGAAAAAAAAGAAAGAAAGAGUCUCAUCCAUCAACUCUGAUUGGAAAAAAUUCUCCACAAGUCAAAGAUUUUUUCUUCAAUUUCCUUUUCUCAUCAUUCUUGACUCUAAAAACAACCAUGGAUGAAUUUUACUUCCAGAGGACGGGCCAUGUGCCGGCGUUCGGGAGCUGGGAAUGCUACAGUGACCUGCCGUUCACUCAAUGCUUUGAGUCGGCCACGCAAGCCGGCCUCUUUCGCUACACCUACUCCGACCACCGUGACCUGUACGUGGCAGGCGACUUGUACGAGAAUGACAUUUGUACCCCUGCCAUGAUUGUUGUCCCUCGUCAUACGGGUAAAAAAGGGUACCCAAAAGAGAAAGAAGUUGAAAAAGGGGAGGAUAGUUGGGUGGGGUGUAACUGUGAGUGUGAAGUGAAAAGAGGUGGAAAAAUUGCACCUAAAGCUGUUGAUGAGGACUUGUACAAGAUUUCACCUCAUCUACUACGCCAGCAAGCCAAAAGGAAGAGAGGAUGGGGCAUCUUUUCAAGCUGCCUCCGGCCCACAUGUGUCUGUUAAGACUUUCUUUGCCCUUAAAUAUAAAUAUAUCAGAAUCUAAGCCAAGUAUUAUGCAGGUUGUUAAAUUAGCUUUAAAAAAAAGAAGAACAAAAAAAUAUAGUAUAUGUGGAGGUCCUAGAAGAUAAUUCUCAUCAUUAUCAUAAACAUUAUGACUAACGGUAUCUAUGAUGGGGAUGUUAUCAUGUUGCUGUUUCCUAUGGUUUUUGACAAGCCUUUCUGUGGUAGAUUUAUUUGAGUAUUGUAAUUUGUAAGCUAAGGAACAACAUUAUGACUGGAAAUCCUAAAGUUAAUCUUGACCGUGCUUUGAUAAAGUACACCUUGCUGUUAUUAUACUGUCACACACACUUAUUUUUUAUUGUAAAGCUAGUCCUGUGAUAUCUUUUGCUUUAAAAAAACUGUGAAAUAUGAUCCAUUUAGUAUUUGAACAAAAAAAAUCACCAACUAAAUUGGACCGCCCGGUACGAUCGGGAAACCGGCCGUCACAAAAACUAACAUAGAUGUUGUGAAUCUGUGAUCAUGAUCGAAAUGAAAUUUGUUACACAUGUCAUUUCACUUAUUCAAGGUUUCAUUUUCAUUCACCAACAAAAUUAACCAGAAACAGGGCAACUCUGAGGUACAUAAAACACAUUUUUCCUUGUUUUUCUCUACACAUGAUUGAAAUCGGGCAUUCGUUUCCAAUAAUAGUUUCUUAAUUGAGAUUAAAAUUAAAAAAUAAUAUAUAUAGUACCCAAGGUGAAGGAGGGUAGUUUAUUUAUUUAAAAAAGAAAAAAAUCAAGUGGACAAAAGAAAAGAGUGAAAAAAAUAAAAA